ACGAAGAAGGUAGAAGGAAAAAGACAUGACCAAAGGGCAGUGUCGUGAUUAUAAUAUCAGCUUUGUCCACUUGUCACACAUUUUGCUUUUAUAAUGCAGCAAUACCAUUACCAACCAUACGCUUAUCCGACCUUCAAUCAACCCUCUCUCUUUCUUUCUUUGUUUCUCUCACUAACAUUCCUCAUGGAAUAUUCCGGCGACCACCGAUUCGACGUGAUUAUCGUCGGAGCAGGAGUUAUGGGAAGCUCUGCAGCGUACCAGCUGGCCAAAAGAGGCCACAAAACUCUCCUCCUCGAGCAAUUCGACUUCCUCCACCACCGUGGCUCUUCCCACGGCGAGUCACGUACCAUACGCGCCACUUACCCGGAGGAUUACUACUACACCAUGGUUUCCGAGUCAGCUCAGUUAUGGGCUCAGGCCCAGUCCGAGAUCGGAUACAAAGUCCAUUUCCCAACUCAGCAGUUCGACAUGGGCCCUAAGGACCAGCGGAGCCUCCUCUCUGUUGUCGCCACGUGUCGUAAACACGGCUUAGCUCACAGGGUCAUGGACUCAAAGACCGUGUCUGAAUAUUUCUCCGGGAGGAUCAAUAUCCCGGAGAACUGGAUCGGAGUCUCGACGGACCUUGGCGGAGUUAUCAAACCGACCAAAGCCGUCUCCAUGUUCCAGACGCUGGCGUUAAAGAACGGCGCCGUUUUGAGAGACAACACCAAAGUGGCUAACAUAAAGAAAGACGGUGAAAACGAGGGAGGGGUAAUAGUCAGCACGGUGAAAGGAGAGAAGUUCCACGGUAAAAAGUGUAUUGUUACUGCCGGUGCAUGGAUAGGUAAGCUGGUGAAAACGGUGGCCGGGAUAGAGUUUCCGGUGGAGCCGCUUGAGACGACGGUGUGUUACUGGAGAAUAAAAAAAGGCCACGAGGACAAGUUCGCGAUAGACUCAGAGUUCCCUACGUUCGCGUCCUACGGAGCUCCUUACGUGUAUGGAACUCCAUCUCUGGAGUAUCCGGGACUUAUCAAAGUGGCGGUUCACGGUGGUUACCUCUGCGAUCCAGACAAGAGGCCAUGGGGGCCGGGAGUGAAGCUAGAAGAGCUUAAAGAGUGGAUUAAGGAGAGGUUUGGAGGGAUGGUUGAUACUGAAGGACCUGUAGCGACUCAGCUUUGUAUGUAUUCAAUGACGCCAGAUGAGGACUUUGUCAUUGAUUUUCUCGGUGGGGAGUUUGGGAAAGAUGUGGUGGUCGGCGGCGGGUUUUCUGGUCAUGGGUUUAAGAUGGCGCCUGCGGUGGGGAGGAUAUUGGCGGAGCUGGCGACGGAGGGAGAAGCUGGAGGAGGAGUUGAGAUGAAGCAGUUUAGUCUCCGGAGGUUUGAAGAGAAUCCUAAAGGGAAUGCCAAAGAGUAUCCUGACCAGGUGAUACUUGGUAGUUGCCUUUGAAUAAAAUUUGUAUUGUUACAUUUGAUUACAAAGUGUCAACUGUUGAAUAAAAAUACAAGCUUGUUGAAGAAGAAGAGUGUAAAACUUUUAUUAUAUAUAUAUAUGUUUCAAGUCUU